AGGAGCUGAGUUGGAUGGAAGGCGGGAAUUCAGUCGUCUACUCAUUAGCUUCCCAUCUCGCCCUCUGGCGGCUCCGGACGGCAGGCCGACUUAGUGUGAUUACCACCAAGCUCCCAGACCAGCACUGGGGGCCCCAGGGGGUGAUCGCGCGCCACGCCGCCGGGGGGUGGGUCCAAAUGGGAGAGGAGGGGACCGGCGGCUCCGUGCAUCUGCUGUGCCUCGCGGCCUCCAGCGGGGUCCCCCUGUUCUGCAGGAGCAGCCGCGGCGGCGCCCCCUCCCGUCAGCAGCUCCCGUUCUCUGUCAUUGGCUCCCUCAAUGGAGUUCAUAUGUUCGGGCAGAAUUUGGAGGUACAGCUGAGCUCUGCAAGGACCAAGGACACAACCGUGGUGUGGAAAAGCUUCCAUGACAGCAUCACCCUCAUUGUUCUGUCAUCUGAGGAGGGCACCUCGGAGCUGAAGCUGGAGAGACUACUCCAGAUGGUAUUCGGGGCCAUGGUUCUUUUUGUGGGACUUGAAGAACUGACCAACAUCCGCAACGUAGAGAGGCUGAAGAAGGAGUUGAGGGCCAGUUAUCACCUCAUCGACAGCUUCUUGGGGGACUCAGAACUCAUCGGAGACCUGACCCAGUGUGUAGACUGCGUGAUUCCUCCAGAGGGGCCUAUCCUGCAGGAAGCUCUCUCUGGGUUCGCUGAAGCCAUGGGAAUAGGCUUUGUCAGUCUGAUGGUGUCAGGCCGGGUGGUGUCAGCGACAGAGGGAUGGUGGCGGCUGGGGACACCGGAGGCCGUGCUGCUCCCCUGGUUGGUGGGAUCCCUGCCACCACAGGCCGCUCGGGACUACCCAGUGUACCUGCCCCACGGGAGUCCCACGGUCCCGCAUCGGCUCCUGACCCUCACGUUGCUACCGGGUUUGGAGCUGUGUCUGCUCUGCGGUCCGCGCCCGCCCCUCAGCCAGUUGGAUCCUCAGCUUCUGGAGCGCUGGUGGCAGCCAGUGUUGGACCCGCUGCGGGCCUGCCUGCCGCUGGGCCCCCGAGGGCUGCCCGACGGCUUCCCCCUGCACAAGGACAUCCUCGGACUGCUGCUCCUCCACCUGGAACUGAAACGUUGCCUCUUUACCGUGGAGCCUUUGCGGGAUAAAGGACCUUCUCCAGAACAGCGCAGGCGCCUCCUCCGCCAUUUCUACGCCUUAGUCACGAGCACACACUUCCCGCCAGAGCCACUGGACAAGGUGGAGGAUGAUGUCAGCCGGGCCCAGCUGCCUCGAGCCUGCUACCUUGUGUUGGGUCCCGAGGAGCCAGGCACGGGCUUGCGACUGAUAGCUCUGCAGCUGGGGCUGCGGCUGCUGCUGCUGCUGCUGGCUCCUCAGAGCCCCACCCAUGGGCUGCGAAGCCUGGCCACCCACACACUGCACACCCUCAGCCCGCUCCUUUGAACCACCCAGGACGGACAGCCAGCAAAGACGGACAGCCAGCAAAGACGCAGGGCUGGAACUGAUCCCCGUACAGGUGGCAGAACAGGCUCAAGGAAGUCAAGCAGUCACUUUGCGGCAAACGCGUG